AAUCAACUUCACAUUCUUCAGCACCUGUUUAAUUAAUCAGGUCUGGACAAUAAUCAAGCUGAUUGCUGAAUGGGGUGGGGCCUUUGUCAGACAUCGUGGCUACAAAAUGGUUUGACAGACUCUGUGGAAGAAUUGACAAGAAUAACUCAUGUCCAUUUGGAGUGAUGGGGUUCAGGCAAGUGUAUGCAGUGCUGCUGUUGGUCGUGGCUUUUGGCUGUGUUGUUAGUGAUACUUGGGACUCCAGAUGGUUUCAUCCGAGAUUGGGGUUUCUGCAUGACGAUGAAGUUUCAGCGCAGUUUGACUCUCAGAAGCCAGUGCAAGAAGAGCCUGUGGGAGAGGACCCUGUGGGACAAGAACCUAGGGAGCCUGUUGUCGAGCCUGUGGGGCAGGAGCCCGGCGUCGAGCCCGUGGGACAGGAACCUAGCCAGGAUGAAGACCCUGAGAGCUUCCAGUCCAAGCAGACAGUUGAGAACCCUCUGACUUGGCUCUAUCCUAUGAUUGAGAAGCGUGAGCGUAAUUCUACAGUGUUUGAGCAGCUAAAGCAGGUGGCAGCCAACGGUGUGGUGGCUUGGUGUGGGGAGAGUGUGGUCCGUGUGCAGGUGAACCAGGACCUGCUGGGGAUUGGCCGGCUCAUCCAGCCAGAGCGUAUCACUCUAGGAGGCUGUGCUGCCACUGAGGAGGAUGCUGAAGCUCAUGUGCUCACCUUUGAAUCAGAGCUGCAUGGCUGUGGCAGUGAGCUGACGAUGACUGAGGAUGUGCUGAUCUACACCUUCACUCUUGUCUAUGAGCCAAAACCUCUUGCUAACACUUCUUUAGUGAAGACCAGUAAAGCUAUGGUUGAUAUUGAGUGCCACUACUUGAGGAAUCAUGACGUGAGCAGCAAUGCCCUGAAGUAUUCUGUAGAACCUAGCCAGCAUGUGGGCCGGGAACCUAGCGAGCAUGUGGGAGAGCAGCCUGUGGGCUGGGAACCUAACGUAGAGCCUGUGGGCCAAGAUCCGGUUGGAGAGACUGUUGGAAAGGAACCUAGCGAGCCUGUUGGAGAGCAGCCUGUGGGCCAUGACGCUGGAGAGCAGCCUGUGGGCCAUGACGCUGGAGAGCAGCCUGUGGGCCAUGACCCUGUUGGUGAGCAGCCUGUGGGCCAGGAAGCUAGCGACCCUGUUGGUGAGCAGCCUGUGGGCCAGGAAGCUAGCGACCCUGUUGGUGAGCAGCCUGUGGGCCAGGAAGCUAGCGACCCUGUUGGUGAGCAGCCUGUGGGCCAGGAAGCUAGCGACCCUGUUGGUGAGCAGCCUGUGGGCCAGGAAGCUAGCGACCCUGUUGGUGAGCAGCCUGUGGGCCAGGAACCUAGCGACCCUGUUGGUGAGCAGCCUGUGGGCCUUGACACUGGAGAGCAGCCUGUGGGCCAGGCACCUAGCGACCCUGUUGGUGAGCAGCCUGAGGGACAUGGAUCUAGCGGAGAGCAGCCUGUGGGCCAGGAUCCUAGUGAGGAUGUGGGCCAAGAUACUAGCGACCCUGUUGGUGAGCAGCCUGUGCGACAGGGACCUCGCGGAGAGCCUGCCGGUCAAGCGCCAGGAGAGCCUGUGGGCCGGGAACCCCGCGAGCAGCCUGUGGGCCAGGAUCCGGUUGGACAGACUGUUGGACAGGAACUUAGCGAGCUUGUUGGCUGGCUUUUGGGUCUAGAAACUAGCGAGCCUGUGGGCCGGGAAGCUAGCGUAGAGCCUGUGGGCCGGGAAGCUAGCAAGCAGCCUGUUGGCCAGCCUUUUGGUCAGGAACCUAGCAAGCCUGUGGGCCAAGAACCUAGUGAGCAUUUUGGAGAGCCUGUGGGCCAGGAACCUAGCCAGCCUGUGGGCCAGGAACCUAGCCAGCCUGUGGGCCAGGAACCUAGCCAGCCUGUGGGCCAGGAACCUAGCCAGCAACCUGUUGGAGAGCAGCCUGUGGGCCAGCAACCUGUUGGAGAGCAGCCUGUGGGCCAGCAACCUGUUGGAGAGCAGCCUGUGGGCCAGCAACCUGUUGGAGAGCAGCCUGUGGGCCAGCAACCUGUUGGAGAGCAGCCUGUGGGCCAGCAACCUGUUGGAGAGCAGCCUGUGGGCCAGCAACCUGUUGGAGAGCAGCCUGUGGGCCAGCAACCUGUUGGAGAGCAACCUGUUGGAGAGCAGCCUGUGGGCCAGGAUCCUAGCCAGCAUGUGGGCCAAGAGGCUGUGGGCCAGCAACCUGUUGGAGAGCAGCCUGUGGGCCAGCAACCUGUUGGAGAGCAGCCUGUGGUCCAGCAACCUAGCGAGCAGCCUGUGGGCCGGGAAGCUAGCAAGCAGCCUGUUGGCCAGUCUUUUGGUCAGGAACCUAACGAGCCUGUGGGCCAAGAACCUAGUGAGCAUUUUGGAGAGCCUGUGGGCCAGGAACCUAGCCAGCCUGUGGGCCAGGAUCCUAGCGGAGAGCCUGCGGGUCAUGAACCCAGUGAGCCUGUGGGCAAGCAACCUAGCCAGCAGCCUGUUGGAGAGCCUGUGGGCCAGCAGCCUGUUGGAGAGCCUGUGGGCCAGGAUCGUAGUGAGAUUUUGGGUAAUGAACCUGGCCAGCAGCCUGUUGGCGAGCCUGUGCGCCAGGAACCCAGCGAGCAGCCUGUGGGCCAGGAACCCAGCGAGCAGCCUGUGGGCCAGGAACCCAGCGAGCAGCCUGUGGGCCAGGAACCCAGCGAGCAGCCUGUGGGCCAGGAACCCAGCGAGCAGCCUGUGGGCCAGGAACCCAGCGAGCAGCCUGUGGGCCAGGAACCCAGCGAGCAGCCUGUGGGCCAGGAACCCAGCGAGCAGCCUGUGGGCCAGGAACCCAGCGAGCAGCCUGUGGGCCAAGCUCCUGGAGAGCAACCUGUGGGCCAGGAACAUAGUGAGGAUGUGGACCAAGAACCUGUUGGAGAGCAGCCUGUGGGCCAGGAACCUAGUGAGGAUGUGGACCAAGAACCUGUUGGAGAGCAGCCUGUGGGCCAGGAACCUAGUGAGAUUUUGGGUAAUGAACCUGGUCAGCAGCCUGUUGGCGAGCCUGUGGGCCAGGAACCUAGCGAGCAGCCUGUGGGCCAGGAACCUAGCGAGCAGCCUGUGGACCAGGAACCUAGCCAGCAUGUGGGCCAAGAGCCUGUGGGCCAGGAACCUGUUGGAGAGCAGCCUGUGGGCCAGGAACCUAGCGUGCCUUUGGGUCAGGAACUAAGCGAGCAGCCUGUGGACCAGGAACCUAGCCAGCAUGUGGGCCAAGAGCCUGUGGGCCAGGACCCUGUUGGCGAGCAGCCUGUGGGCCAGGAACCUAGCCAGCCUGUGGGCCAAGAGCCUGUGGGCCAGGAACCUGUUGGAGAGCAGCCUGUGGGCCAGGAACCUAGCGUGCCUUUGGGUCAGGAACCUAGCCAGCAUGUGGGCCAAGAGCCUGUGGUCCAGCAACCUAGAGGAGAGUCUGUGGGCCAGGAACCUGUUGGCAUGCCUUUGUGCCAGAAACCUAGCCAGGAUGAAGACCCUGAGAGCUCCCAGUCCAAGCAGACCUCUGAGAACCCUUUGACUUGGAGCUAUCCUAAAGUUGAAAAGCCUGAGCACAAGCCUACUGUGUCUGAGCGGCUGAAGCAGGUGGCGGCCAACAGUGUGUCGGCUCGGUGUGGGGAGAGUGUGGUCCGUGUGCAGGUGAACCAGGACCUGCUGGGGAUUGGCCGGCUCAUCCAGCCAGAGUGUAUCACUCUAGGAGGUUGUGCUGCCACUGAGGAGGAUGCUGAAGCUCGUGUGCUCACCUUUGAAUCAGAGCUGCAUGGCUGUGGCAGUGAGCUGACGAUGACUGAGGAUGUGCUGAUCUACACCUUCACUCUUGUCUAUGAGCCAAAACCUCUUGCUAACACUUCUAUAGUGAGGACCAGUGCAGCUAUGGUUGAUAUUGAGUGCCACUACUUGAGGAAUCACGAUGUCAGCAGCAAUGCCCUGAAGCCGACCUGGAUCCCCUACACUUCCAACAUGGUGGCAGAGGAACUCCUCUACUUCUCCCUGAGGUUAAUGACUGCUGACUGGCAGUUUGAGAGGCCCUCCAACCAUUACUAUCUUGGUGACAUCAUCAACAUGGAAGCCUCGGUCAUGCCGUACCAUCAUGUUCCCCUCCGUGUCUUUGUGGACCGCUGUGUCGCCACCUUGGCGCCUGAUGUCCACACUGUCCCUAGAUAUUCUUUCAUUGAGGACCAUGGGUGUCUGGUUGAUGCCAAGUUGACCGGCUCCAGCUCCCAGUUCCUGUCCAGAUCCCAGGAUGACAAGAUCCAGUUUCAGCUGGAGUCCUUCAGGUUCCAACCACAGAAUGAUUCCCAACAGCUCUACAUAACAUGUCAUCUGAAAGCAACUGCAGCCUCUUCCCCCAUUGAUGCUGAGAACAAGGCCUGCUCUUUCACAGAUGGCUGGAAAGCUGCAGGUGGGGAUGACCAGGUUUGUGGCUGCUGUGACUCCAGCUGUGCUGUAAGCAAGGCUAGACAUCUGGACAGUGAUUCAGAUGUGCAGAAGGAAGGUGAAGCUACCAUGGGCCCUAUCAUGGUCCAAGAGUAAUAUUACAAGAAUGUUGCCUUUUUUAAAACAGUUUUUAGGGGGAGAAUAAACCUAUUACAUUACAAUGUUCACAUCUAACUGGAUUUAUUUGGAAUUUAAAAUUAGGAAUUUUAUCAAAUAGGAAAAUGUGUGUAGCUGAUCACUCUUUAUUCACAGAACUUUGUCAUGAGCUACAUUUCUCAGGUUCCUAACAUUGCUACUGUACUGAAUUGUCCCCUGGGCCCCAUCAAUUUCCACGAGUGAUUUGUCAAUUGACUACUUGAUGUUUUGAAAAUAACAAUUUUUUUAAAGUGAUUUGCAUUCAUGUGCACUCGACUUGCGUGAGGGAAAGUCCAAUAUGUCAGUUUAGGCAGGAGGCAUUAAUGUCUAAACUGACCUCGGAACCAUUGCAGCUGUAACAGAAGAUCAUGGAGUGGACAAGAGGCAUGAUGCGUAGUGCUGAGAAACAGCCUGUGUUGCAUCAAUAUUAGUCAAAUGUUGAUUCUAGUGUAAAAAUGUACUACGGCCAAUGCAUUUUCAUGAGGUCUGUUAACAAGUGUCAUCAACCGCUGGAUGAACUUUCUGAGCUAAGGUUGUUCCUGUUAGCCAGCUAAAAAUGUGGCAUACCUGAAUUUUAAAGUGCAGUGAAAUGCUCAACAUUUACAUUACUUUCUAGUCAUUUAACAGAUGCUCCCAUCCAGAGCGACCCACAGGCGCAAUCAGGAACAAGGGCAGAUUCCCCCACCCAGCUGACUCGGGGAUCCGAACAAGUGACGUUUCGGCCAGGCCACCCCUAACCAUCCAAGACCCACCCCGAACCCGUAUUGUUAGUAGAAAAUUAUUGUGCAUUGGGGAAAAUAAGCAAGAUAACCGAGUCGGUUACCAAGAACCAAAUGGCAACUUCAUCUGAAGAAAAAUGUGUAUAAUUUACACACCUGACUUUAAGUGAAUGACCGACUUACCUUUGCAAGAAGUUGGAGUUGGUUUUCACUUCUCAAUUUGAAUUACCUUCGCCUUAGAAUUCAGGAGGUUGACGACAACACCCCUCAUUGAAUAUUCAAAGCAAGUUCAAAUAAGGGUAUGUAUCCAAAAAGAGGAAUAGGUGAAGCUUGACCGCUCCCAGUUCUAAAUUUGUUAGCAAUGAUCCCCAUUGUUAAGGUGGAGACAAGACCAUCUCAUCAUAUAUUAUCUCUGGCAGUGGUUUGAAGUACUUUAUUCUUUAUUUUUUAUUUUUGUAUCUGUGGUUUGAAGUAUUUAUAUUUUUGACUACAUUCCUAAAGAAAAUGAUGUACGUUUUACUCCAUACAGUUUCCCUGACACCCAAAAGUACUAUUUAGAAUUUGAAUGCUUAGCAGUAAAGGAAAAAGAUUCAAUUCACACUUACCAAGAGAAGGUCCCUUCUCUUCCCUACUGCCUCUGAUCUGGUGGACCCACUUAACAAAUGCUUCCUUUAUAAAUUAUGUUGGAGUGUGCCCAUGGCUGUCAAACGGAAUACA